AUGUCUCCCUCCGCCGUCAAGGCACAGGACGUCAACCUCACGGCCGCUGCCGUUGAGCGCAAGGAAGUCGCCGCCGAGCAGACGCCCGCCGUCGCCCAGCUCGACGCCUCCAAGCUCACCUACACCUACACCAAGAACCCCCGCGAGGUCCCCGACGAGGCUGUCGCCAAUGCCGGCAACGAGACCAUUGCCACCGACCACAUGGUCCUUGCCAACUGGUCUGCCACCAAGGGCUGGUCCGCCCCCGAGCUAAAGCCCUACGGACCCCUCAGCCUCAUGCCCACCGCGUCCUGCCUGCACUACGCCACCGAGUGCUUCGAGGGUCUCAAGGUCUUUCGCGGCUACGACGGCGGCCUGCGCGUCUUCCGCCCCGACCGCAAUUGCGCCCGCAUGAACAUGUCCGCCGGCCGCAUCUCUCUGCCGACCUUUCCCCCUGCCGAGCUUGAGAAGCUGAUCCUCGCGCUCCUCGAGGUCGACGGCCCCCGCUGGCUGCCCCGCGAUAAGCCUGGCAACUUCCUCUACCUCCGCCCGACCCUCAUCGGCACCCAGUCCCAGCUCGGCGUCCAGGCCCCCAAGGAGGCCAUGCUCUACAUCAUCGUCACCUACAUGCCGCGAAUGGACAGCCCUCCCGGCGGCAUGCGCCUGCACACUUCCCCCGAGGACAUGGUCCGCGCCUGGGUCGGCGGCUUUGGCUACGCCAAGGUCGGUGCCAACUACGGCCCCUCGCUACUCGCCACUGCCGAUGCCCGCCGUCGCGGCUACCAUCAGAUUCUAUGGCUCUACGGUGCCAAUGGCGAGUGCACCGAGGCUGGCGCCUCCAACUUCUUUGUUCUCUGGAAGCGCAAGGACGGCAAGACGGAGCUCAUCACCGCGCCUCUCGACGACAAGCUGAUUCUUGACGGCGUCACUCGCCGUUCUGCUGUCGAGCUGGCCCGCAAGCGUCUUGCUGGCGAGAUUAUCGUCACCGAGCGCAAGUACACCAUUGACGAGCUGCUCGAGGCCGACGCCGAGGGCCGCAUCCUCGAGUCCUUUGCUGCCGGCACAGCCUACUUCAUCUGCCCCGUGUCCCGGAUCCACCACCGCGGCAAGGACAUUGACAUUCCCAUGGGCCCCGAGGGCAAGGCUGGUGAAAUCACCACCAAGAUCAAGAACUGGAUCGGUGAUAUCAUGUACGGCAACGUCGCCCACGAGUGGGGUGUCGUCGUCAACGAGAAGGCUCAGCAGUAA